AUGGAAGUCAGACGCAGGAGAGACUCCACCUUGUCAGCCUAUCUCCACGACAACCUCCAAACCCACAGUGGUACCAUAGACGUCUGGGCUGUGGAGGAGGAGCAGAGUGGCUGUGAUAUCUGUGGUGCCCACCUGAGCCAGCUGAAGCAGGAGGCCAUCCACCUGAUCCUAGCCAGGGAGGAGCGUGCCAAGUGGGCCACUCCAUCUCCCGCCAAGCCCCUUCCUGGAUCCACCUCCACCAAAGCAGCACCAUCUAGCCCCCACCUCUCAGGCUCUGCCAGGACCCAUAGUUCCUCUGCCAAGCUCUCCCCUGGACCUCGAUCCACCACCUCCACAGCACCAUCUAGCCCCCGCCUCUCAGGCUUCACCAGGAGUCAAAGCACCCAGAAGACCCACCCUAGGAGGAUCCUGAAGCCCACCCCAGCUGAGAUGGAUAGAUGGGUUGAGGAGCAGCAGCACCUAGCCUCCUCCAUAUCAAUGUCCAGCAAUAACGGAGUCACCAUCUUUCCCUACCAGUUUUCAGAGGAGUUCUCAGAGGGACCGAAUGAGACUGUGGCUGUCCAGAGCAGUUCAAUGGCUCCUGCAAUUUUGUCCUUUCUGGUCAGGGCAGCCCAGAAACUGAGCCUGACGUCGAGGAGGAAGGGCCAAAUUUCCGCCCCCUCUCCCGUGUCUCCUCACCCCCAUUACAGCACCUGCUACAGGGGCAUCAUCCAGAGGUCUCCACCCACAGUCCCCACCUGCCUUCUUCAAGCUGCCAACCAACUCAAAGACGCACCCAACUUUGGCAAGGUCAAAGUGGUGCUGCGAGUCUGCCCCUCUCCCACCGUGCCCCCUUCCCAGCCCCAGACCCCCAUUCUUAGGGUGGACCCAGCCAGGAGAAGGGUCACCAUGAUUGAUCCUACCACCACCCACAAUCAACAGCCACACUCCAACUCCACGCCGACACACGUUGGGGAAGCCAAGGGUCACUCUAAGACAUAUGUCUUUGACGCAGCCUACCCCCCAGCGUCAACCCAGGCGGAGGUGUGUGUAGGUAUUCUGCCUGACGUCAUCCGUUCUGUGGUCAACGGGGAAGACGGAUGUAUUCUGUGUUUUGGACAUGGUGAAGCGGGGAAGUCCCACACCAUGAUGGGUAGUGAUAGCAGCAGCCAGAGUUUAGGGGUCAUCCCGUGUGCCAUCUCCUGGUUCUACAGUCACACAGAGAGGAGGAGGGAGAGGACUGGGGCCAGCCUGGCUGUGUCUGUGUCCGCUAUGGAGGUCUGUGGGGAGGACGAGACCCUCAGGGACUUACUGUCAGGCAACCUCCAGGACAGCCCAUCAGCAGACCUUUAUCUCUUUGAGGACCCCAUCUAUGGAAUGCAGCUUCGGCACCACAGUGUGGUAUCUGCCCCCAACGCCGAGAGAGCUGCCUUCCUGCUGGAUGCAGCCAUCGAAUCGCGCCACCGUGCCGGCCGCCCGAUGAGUGGAGCUCGCGGUGACAUCACCACACCAUCGUCCUCCUCCAGCUCCCAUAUGUUUUUUACUCUGCACGUCCAACAGCAGCUCACAGAGGGCAGCGGCAAAGUACCAGGGGGUCAUAGCAGGUUGAUCAUGAUAGACCUGGCUAACAGUAUAAAGGGGACCAGUAGAACCAGUGACAGCAGAGCUGGACGUCCUGAGUCUGAACUGGGCAGUGUUAUACUGGCCCUACUCAACAAUGGAAACAAAAACAUCCCCAACAGAGAUAGUAAAGUGACCAUGCUGCUACAGGAGUCUCUGGGUAAUAUUAACUGUCAUACGACCGUGCUGGCCCAUGUGACUGACUCACCAGAACACUUCCCAGAGACACUCUCCACUGUCCAAAUUGCCUCGCGCAUUCGCAGGACACAGAAGAAGGCAAACCAUUCAACAUCCUGCUCUCCCAGUGGUAGAAGCCUGAGUAGAGAGAGGAGUGGAGGGAGUAGUCCCUUCUCUCUCAGAGCAUUUCACUCUACCAAUGCUGUGGACUAUGACCUCAGUGACCUGCCCCUGCUCAGGCUCGGUGGUGACCUGCUGGAUGACCACUCCAGCAGCGACCAGUCCUGUGACACGGUCAUCCACAUCAACCCCGAUGGCUCGGUCCAGCAGCCCAGUGCGGAGCUGACUCAGCAGGGCCAGGGCCAGCCGGAGUUUACCCCCAUUAUCCACUCUCUACACCAGAAUAAGGCUGAAGCGGAAUCGGAGGACGCUGAGCUUUCUGCUCUAAAGAAAGAGCUACUGCAGCACCUUCUAAACAUCAUGCCCAGACUGCAGGGAGAGAAGAAGAAGAAUGAGAGCAUCAUCCAAGAACAACUUUCUCAGAAUACAGCAGAAGUGGGCCAAUGUGAGAGGAAUUUAAGUCUUAAGUGUGACACGUUCGCAGAGCUGCAGGAGCGACUCGGGUGCAUCGACGGCAGCGAAACAGUUACCAAGUCAUUGUUAAAAGAACCUUCUGCCAUGACCGAGUCCCCUCCAGAACCCCAAGAUGGCUCAGGCAGAACUGAGGCUGAGGAAAAUACCUCCUUCUUGAAACUACUGAAUAUGAAGGUGAAGUGUUGUGAGCUUUCCAUUGUGGGUGAGAAAGAGAGCCUGGUGACAGAUGGCAGUCUUCCGGUCGACAGUUUUCAGAGAGAGGACUCUGGUCUGUAUGACUGUGAGGAGGGAAGUGCAGCCAGCUCCAAAGAGGACCAACCAAACCCCUGUGGCUCUAUCAGUAUACAUCCAGCCUGCCAGAACCAAGGCAACCCCCCUGAGUACAGCUUUCUGCCGCAGCACAGUGACAUCUACACUCAGAUCAGCCCUGUGCCAAGCUCUCAUCCUCCUCUGUCUCUUCUUCCCCUGUCUCUGGAGCCAGCUGGAUACCCAGCUGGCUUGCUGCAACACCAGACCAGGACCUCUCCGGCGGGAGAGAUGAUCCUUCCCCAGCUUUCCAAGCUGCCUACUAUAGAGUCGGACCUGAAGGAGAUGAAGGCCACCAUCACGGUGAUGGUCCAGCAGCCGUUGGACCAGACGGGUCAGGAUGAGCUGGUGUUCACCAUGGUGGAGGAGGUGACCAUCAGCAGGGCACUGGAGAGAGGAGGCCGGGCAGGGAACAUCAUCAGGAUCAGGGAUGCCCACUCCUCCUCUGCCCAGGCUUCUUCAGGGUCUGUACUGGGUUCCCUUCCCAUCAGGAUUAUCAGUAACAUUAGUGAAGAUUCUACAGGUUCCACUAUCAAGGCCAUGGAACCUGCUACUACCACUAAGACCAUGGCUGUGGAAGUCAACACCAAACCCAAAGCCAUGUCUUCUCUCUCCAGGAUGGAGAACCGGGUCUUGCCCUCCUUUAUAAACCCCUCGCUCGCUGACCUCAGUAGGAGUAGUGAUGCGGAGGGGUCUCGUCAUCGCCGAGGGGUUUCUAACACCCGUUUCACGCGAGCGGAUGCUUAUGCUGAACCCGAGAAGAAAGAUCAUCUGAAAGGUUCAGGAAGUAAAACGGCGAUGGAGACAGAAGCUACCCACCACAGAACAGCCAGUCUACCAAGAGGCUGGCAUAAUAUCAACAAGCAGGAGAGCUAUGUAAUGAGCGAGGAGUAUAAAGAUAAAGCCCCAGACUUUACAUCAUCCACCCCUGGUAGUCCCUGGGUGACCCUGGAGAAGAGGCCAUCCUCAGCCAGGCAGGGGAUCUUCUCCUGUGCCAGGGAGAGCCUCCCUCUCCCCUUCUCACCAGCUCGGAAGUACAGCCUGGAGCAGCAGCAGAGACAGAGAACUAGUAACAGUCCUCUCAGCACAGCCAGUAGUUCACCGUUGGAGCCCAUGCCAUCCGCUUGGAGUGUUAGACAUGAUAGCGGUAAGCUGGAAUCUCCCAUAGAGGAAAGCAGUAGGCUCUUCAGUGCUAAACUAGAGCAGUUGGCUAGCAGGACCAACUCUUUAGGUAGAAUACCACUGGAGUUCCACACUCUGGACCGAGGCAGUAGCCAAUCCUCUGUGAGCUCCUUGGGGAGCUCCAAGGGCUCCAAAGGGAGUUGGGAAGGGGAGUCCAGCCAACCCACCCUACCCCGGGCCAGCAGGAGCCCCAGGAGGGCCACUAGGUCAACCUUUAUAACUGAGCCCAACACCACCACCUCCACAGCCCUCCAGUCUCCUAGAACCAGCCGAUCUAAGCUCUCCGCGGUGGGGAAACUGAUGAUGACCAGCCCUAAGGUCCGCCGGAUAUCCAUCCCCAGUACCAAGAACCUUAGCUUCUCUCCCAAGGCAUUCCGUCAGUCCAUCAACAGGAGCGCCAGUCUGUCCCCUGAUGGGAAGAGCCCUGAGCAUGGUCCACCCUGGUCCACCCAGUCUCUAAGCCGAAACCAGACCCCCUCGCCCCAGACCCUACCACCACGCCUCAUAGCAAAGUCCCCCGUCCGGGUAAUCAACGGGCGCAUCUCAGAGCUCCUCCAGAUCGGCAGAGAGCCCUACCCCUCUGGCGGGGCCUCCGGAGGACUAGUUCUAGACAAGAUGGCAGCAGCGGCUGGAGCUGCCUGUAGAUCCAUGGGAGAGGUUCAUCCUGUUCACUCUGUACCCUCACCCUAUGCCAGGGUGACAGCGCCUCGCAGGCCCAACCACCUCAGCGGGCACGCCAGUGAUGUCACUAGUGUGUUGAGCGGGGAGCUGCCCCCGGCCAUGGGUAAGACAGCAUUAUUGACCAAUAGGAACAGCGUGGUGAGCAGUGGCUAUGAGAGCAUGGUUAGGGACAGCGAAGCCACAGGGAGCAUUACCUCCAACAGAGACUCUAUCAGCGAUAAGAGCUGUUCUAUGAUCAGUGUGGCCCGAAGUGAGAGGAACCCCAAAAGGAGGAGCAGCAACGGUUCACACCCGCGGCAUCUGUCCAAUGACACGUGCCAAUCUCUGAGGAGGUCUGCCAGUGGGCCCAGGUCUCGCUGGGUAGACAGGGGCAUCUCAGAGGCCUACGAGAUCAAGGUCUAUGAGAUAGAUGACGUGGAGAGGCUGCAGAGGAGAGGAGGAGCAGGCAAACAGGGAAUAGUCUGCUUCAGUGCCAAACUCAAGUUCCUGGAGCACCGUCAGCAGAGGAUCGAAGAGGUGAGAGCCAAGUACAACAGCCUGAAGAGAGAGCUGGUGCUGGCCAAACAGAAUCUCAUGCUGGAGCCAGGGAAAUGGAACCAAGAGUUUGACCUGUGGCAGACGUUUGAGGUUGACUCUCUGGAACACCUGGAAGCGUUAGAGGUGGUCACGGCAAGGCUGGAGAGCAAGGUCAACCUCUGCAAGGCCAACGUCAUGAUGGUCACGUGCUUCGACGUCGCCACCAAGCGCCGGCAAGCGCGGAGACGCUGCCGGACGGAACAGCAGCAAGGAUUCAUGGGAAUUUAG